CACUACUGAUGAAGUGCUGUUUUUAAACGUAUGGUAGUGUUAAUCAUAUGAGACAACUGUUAAGGAAAACAAAGUGUGUUACAAAAUUGCAAUAAAAGAUCAAUCCUGGAAGAUUUUACGUAUACUGUUAAGCAAACGUUCAAAGAAUAAGUAUCACAAGCCCAUCCCAAAUGUAACACAGUGAUGUCACGCUUGGCAUGUUUUUGGCCAUUGGCAGUGUGCCUCACGAGAGCUUCUGGAGGCUAUCCGUUAAGAUACGAGUCUAACCGUCUGGAUUCCGCUCCUGCAAGACUUAAAUGCCCGAAAUUAUCAGAGGCCAAGCAAAAUGCUAAGGAGAGAAACAUCUCGAUCCUAUCAGGAGUUUAAUGGUGACGACAGUGAUGGACCACUUGGAUCUUGCCAGAAUAAUGACAUCUCUGAAGUGGAGCAGGAUGAAUCCAGUUGUGAUCCUUUACCAGAUGAGGACAUCGUGGACAACAACCUAAUGUCCAUUGCUUUCAACAAGACUUGCCUUAAGAAUGUUUUCACAGCCAUCCUUGUCCUUAUUUACUUGCUGCUCACUACGGUGGCUGCAUUCUUGGCCUACCAAACCAUUUCUGACUUCAUGGAGAAGCUCAACCAUCCAGUGAUGUCUGUUUCAUACAAAGAGGUUGAGGAGUUUGCUCCACCAGGAAUUGUGCUGUAUCCAGGGAAGGCACAGUUAUUAAGUUGCAUGCAUCAAUAUCAUGACUACAUCCCACCUCCUGUUGCAUCAGACAAAUUAGAGAAGGGAAACUGUAUAAUUGAGGAGGUCAUUUAUUAUGGGCCAUAUUCAAACCAAACGCAAAAGCGAGCAAUGGUGGUCAGAGGUCCGACUGAUGUGAGGAACCGAGAACUUAUAUUCCUGCAAUUCAGCCGGAAUGAAACGGAGGAGGAUUUCAGCGCAAUCAGUUACAUGAUUUUUGCCAAAUUCAGCGAUAUGCUUGAAAGCCCAGAUAAGGCUGCUUUUAUGAUGGACUGUGAAAGGAACUACUCGAUGUGGACCUUCUCUGGAGGGUUUCGAACCUGGGUUAAAAUGUCUUUGGUCAAGACAACAGGGAGAGGGAAUGAAUCAGUGGAAUUUAGGCAAGAGUCCAGUGUUGUGAAGUACAUCGACAAGAGGCCCCCACUGGAGCAAGCCAAUGAACUUUUCUUUGUUGUGUUCCAAUGGCGAGAUCCAUUCAUACAGCAGGUCAAAGAUAUAGUCACAGCAAACGCAUGGAACACCAUAGCCAUUUUAUGUGGCGUCUUCUUGGCUCUAUUUAAAGCAGCAGACUUUGCCAAACUCAGCAUUAAGUGGAUGAUUAAAAUUCGCAAAAGACACUUAAGGGCAAAAAUGAGAGAAAUGAGCCAAAUCGGCUAAUUCUUACUCUGCAUCAUAAAACAACAACACUGAACACUUCAAAUGGAGUUUUUAAUUGCAAAUAUUAAACACUCAGAGUUCUGCCAAACUAAUUGGGAAUAUUAUACUUUCAUAAUAAUGUACUGAUGUUAUAUUUAACUGGAUAAUGGAUUUUAACUUGACAUUAUAAAGUACCUACUGAUAGUACUGUGAAGAGGGGAUGUUGAGGCACAUUUUCUGCAGGUAACAGCACUACAAGGGCAAAGUGUAUUUAUGUGGUUGUGACACUGAAAUAUUAACUAAGCUGGUUGAUUAGCACCCAUUCUCAGUGAGAUUCAGCUUGUGGAAAUGAUGACUAAGGUGGGUGAAACCGGUUAGGAUGUGAGCUGAAAUUAAUAAGGAUUUUGAAGAAGUGGGCCCUCGGUUAUUUUGCCUUAACCAUUUUAGAACGAUCAAUAAUUGCAGAGCACAUGAUGUAGCAAUUUUCUGAAGGUCAGAGGGGAUCUGUUCUGACUGCUGCUUUCUUUAAAAUUUUGCUGUCAGUGUGAAUGUGAUAUAUUUUUAUUAAUAUGAGAAAUGCUGUUUUAACCUAUACAAAUUGUAUGCAAUAAUUUCAUUGAUUGGAAACAUUAUGUAAACAUGUUAUUAUUUUACCAUUCUGGACAGGGUGGUUUCUGAGCAUAUGGGGGCCCCUAAGUGAAUUUAUUCCUAACACAAAAUUAUCAAUAAAUUACCAAUAAAUAACAAGACAAAUUAACCAUAAAUAACUAUAAAUAGCCAUAUUAAAAAAAUUAAAUAAAUCAAAAUGACCAUGCUUUGCUGGGCCUCCUAGUGGCUCGGUGGCAUUAAGCGGCUGCUUAUAACUAAAAACGGCCCUGCUGAUGGAUCUACUCUUACAAAAGGAUAUUGAAUUUGUAUUUCGAUUAUUUUUAUGCCCAUGUCUAUGGUGCUGUAUUCAUUUCUAAUAACGAAACAAACAAAAGUAUAAUUCACCCAAAAAUGUUCCAAACCCAUAUGACUUUCUAUCUUCCGUGGAAUGCAAAUGGAGAUUUUAGACAGAAUGUAGGGACUGACCAGCUCCGUCACCAUUCACUUUCAUUGCAUCCUUUUUCCUAAUGUGUGAAAUUGGUGACUGAGGCUGUCAUUCUGCCUAAUGUCUCUGUUUGUGUUCUACAGAAAAAGUCAUAUGCAUUUGGAACAGUAUGAGGCUGACUAAGUUAUGACAGUUUUCAUUCCUGGGUGAAAUUUCCCUUUAAUGUUUGUGUCCAUGUUUGUUUAAUGUAAUGUUUGUUUGUGUUCAAAUGACAUGCGCUGGCCGUUUUAUAUAUAUAUAUAUAUAUAUAUAUAUAUAUAUAUAU